AUGCAUCACUCUGCUCCCUCAAGCAGUGAACUGGGGUUUCUGCCAGCCAUGUAUUCAUUUUCAGGCCCCACCAGCCUUCCUGAAUUUGAUCUCGGAUCUCCUAGUACGUCUGGACACCUACAGAGAGCAAGAGUCUCCAACAGCAGCUGGGAGACAAGAUGCCUUAGGAAACACAGGAGGAGAAUAGAUGAUGAGGGAUGCAGUGCCAAAAAGAGGAGGCUAAUGUUUGAGGCAGAAGUGGAAAUUUCAGGGAACUCAAGCUCUGGCGCUCAUUGUGACUGGCCUACAGCAAACAGCUGCCCUCCUCUGUCCACACAACCAGACAGCCCUGCACUUCCACAGCCCUGCCCAGCCCCUCAGCCCUCUGCUGCCCUGACCCGACCUGAAACAGAGAGCUCCUGUAUGGAGAUAGAGGCAGCUCAGAGGAAACUCCAGGAGAUCGAAGACAGAAUAACACUGGAGGACGAUGACGAGGAUGAAGAUCUGGAUGUAGAGCCAGCUCAGAGACGGCCGGUGCUGGUGCUCUCUGACAGUUUGAAAGAGGGUCUACAGCGUGGCAUCAGUGACAUCCUCCCCCACACAGUAGCCCAGUCUGUGAGCCACUCCUGCAUGGAGCUGGUUCUUUGGAGGCCACCGGACGAUCCUUUCUGUCGGAGGCUGAAGGGCUCAUUACAAAAACAGCGCAAACAACAGACAGUAUCUCGGCAGCCUCCUACUCCGUGUCCAUCUCCCAUCCCUCACAGUCCCCUCAGCCCCUCUAGUCCACCUGCAGACACACACUCUCCUCUGUACAGUUUUCCUGUGGCCCACAGCUCUGGGGAGGAGGACAUGGAAAUGUAAUAGUGCUUAUUGACAUUAAAAGCCAUGCCAAAGUAAAAGGCUGGACAUGAUGUCGUACAAAAGACUGAAGGACUCAUUUCAAGCUGGUCAGUUUGGCAAAGGCACUUGGCUUUCUCUGAACAUUGUGCUGUUCUGAACAGUUUGUACAACGCAUCAUUUGCUUUACAGUCAUCCAGUUUGUUUCCUGAUUUCAGUCCCAGAUAACUACACAUGACAUGUAAUAACUGACCUAAUUUAACAGUUGUAUCAAUGUACAUUUUAAGGUCUAUAGACAGUCAGCCUUAUAUAACCUGUUUUAUACAACUUACAGGAUUAACCUUUGCCCUUAGAAAUAAUUUGUACAUAAUUUUGCCAAAGCCUUGCUAAUGACACACUGAUGCAUUGUAAAUCUGGCUUUGUUCUUUCCUAAAUGUUGUCGUCCAGCACAUGAAUUUCCUUGUGCAGCUUCUGGGCAUUACUGACAGAACACUAAAGUCGUUUUUAAGUGCUCAAAAGACGACUUCCUGCUUGCAGUCAUACUUGAGGUGGAAAGGUUAUCUUCCUCUAGUGCUUAGCAAGUGUGCCAGCUUUGAGAAAUGUGUAAGGAAGUCGUGGCAAUGCACAUUUGUAUGAUAUGAUAUUCAUAUGUACAUAACCAGAAUUGCAGCAAGCCAUUGCGUGUUAUUACUUUAUAUUUGUUUUUUAAUAAACGUACAUUCUUCACAUAAAA